AUGGGCUCGGUGGGAGUCGAGCGCUUCAAGGAGCUGAGCCCGGCCGGGACGCCGGAGAGCAACGUGGUGAUGAGCUUCAGCUUCGACAGCUACCAGCUGGAGGAGGAUGAGCUGCAGCGGGGCAGCCAGGCCAAGGGCGUCCUCACCUUCAUGGAACCAGUUUCUGAGGAUCCCGAGCCCCAGGAUCGAUACCAUGGGAUUUACUUCGCCAUGCUGCUGGCCGGGGUGGGAUUUCUUCUGCCGUACAACAGCUUCAUCACCGACGUGGACUACCUGCACCAUAAAUACCCAGGGACCUCCAUUGUCUUCGACAUGAGCCUCACCUACAUCCUGGUGGCCUUGGUGGCCGUCAUCCUCAACAACGCGCUGGUGGAGCUGCUGAGCUUGCACACCCGGAUUGCUGUGGGCUACCUCUUCGCCCUGGGGCCCCUGCUCUUCGUCAGCAUCUGCGACGUCUGGCUGGAGCUCUUCACGCGCAGACAAGCCUACGCCAUCAACCUGGUCGCCGUCGGGGUGGUGGCCUUUGGCUGCACAGUGCAGCAAUCCAGCUUCUAUGGCUACACGGGGCUGCUGCCCAAGCGCUACACGCAGGGGGUAAUGACUGGCGAGA